AUGGCUUCACGUUUGAUAGCUAAAAGUCUCGAAUCAACUGUUAAACUCAAUGAUGGUGUAGUGAUUCCAUUAUUUGGACUUGGAGUGUAUCUAAUUGAUAAUAAUUGUACUGAUGUAGUCGCUGCAGCAAUUAAUCAAGGUUAUCGAUUAAUUGAUACAGCUGAAUUAUAUGGUAAUGAACAUGGUGUUGGUAAUGGAAUAAAACAAAGUGGAAAAAAACGUGAAGAUAUUUUCGUUGUUUCAAAAUGGUGGCCAUCAUCGGAAGGAGCAAAAGGUGCUCUUCAAACACUUGAUCAUUGUUUGAAUAGUCUUCAAUCAAAUUAUAUUGAUUUAUACCUUCUUCAUGCACCACAAGGUGGUCAUUGUGCUGAAGCAUAUCGAGCAUUACUCGAAGCAAAAAAACAAGGAAAGAUUAGAUCUGUAGGUGUUUCAAAUUUUGGUGUAAUUCAUUUAGAAGCUCUUGCUAAAUUAGGUCUUGAAAAACCAUCAGUUAAUCAAAUUGAACUCCAUCCAUGGCAACAAAAACAAGAUAUUGUAAAAUAUUGUCGUGAACAUGAUAUUACUGUUAUGGGUUAUUCACCAUUGGCAAAAGGUCAAAAAAUUCAAGAUAAAACUAUUAAUGAAAUUGCAAACAAAUUAUCGAAAACUCCAGCACAAAUAUUAAUUCGUUGGUCUGUUCAACAUGGAUAUAUAACAAUUCCUAAGACAUCUCAAAAAUCAAGACUCCAAACAAAUGCAGAUGUAUUUGAUUGGUCAAUUCCUGAUGAAGAUAUGAAAGUAUUGGAUGCACUUGGUGAUAAACCAUGGUCAUGUACUUGGAAUCCAACAAAUAAUAGUUUAAGAGAAGCUGGUCUACAAUAA